AUGGAUGGCCGCGACUCUGAGCAGCGGUGCAUCACGCGCCGCGGCAAUAGGAAGAUCAUGUGGUUAAUGGCGUUCCCAGGCGUUUGCAGAGCCUCGGCAGUUCAAGGCAAGGGACUGCAUUGCUGCGCCGGGUCCUUUCCCGGCGACGGCGAUAGUCCCUCGGACGAGGAUGGCGAUGACGAUUCAAAUGGCAGCAAUGACUACGGCUAA